AGUCUGCGGACAGCGUUCGUGCGGGUUAGAACUCUGGUUUGCUCCCAAGGUCUUCUAGUCGCGGAGGUUCGUCGUCGUCGCGUUCCGGGGGAAAUAAUAGGGUCGUCCGCGUCCGUGAGGUUCGAACUUUUUCAGUGACGCAAUGAUUUUCGAGCCGGUUCAUUCAAUUUCAUGCCUCUUUUUCGCAAAAGUGUGAGUGUUUUUUGCAGAAGGUGAUUGAUUCCAAAAUAAAACAACAACAAGAGGAUACAACAACGCGCAACAGAGUCACAAAGCCAAGAAGAGAGUCAAGUUUUUAAGGUGGUUUGCGUGUGAUCUCCCGUACCGGCGAUCGUGUGCAUCCACACUCAACAGGUGUGUGUCCAGUGUUUUUAAGUGUAUUGGUGGUGUUUUGGUUCGUUGAUCCAGUGGUGAAGUGAGAAAGAGUUAAGAUCGGCGAGAACAUGAAGAUCGGAUCAAGGUGGUUCUACGCAGGUGGUGGUGGUGGUGGCGUUCUGGUGCUGCUCAUGAUGAUGAUGGUUGCAGCGAGUACGGUUGCGUCCAGAACGCCGAUCUCCGUGACGCUGGAGCAGCACAUUAGCGAUGAUCCGGAUUUGUCACAGUUUUACGACCUUAUCGAGCGCAAUCCAAUUGCAUCGGCUGCCCUGAAGCUGCGAGCGCUGACCAUCUUCGCCCCCACCAACCAGGCCUUCCAGCGCUAUCUGGGCAAUAAAACGGUCGUCCUGUAUCACAUAUCGACGGUGGCGACCCCCCUCGAACAGCUGGGGACGACCAUCACCUCGGACUACGACGGCAACCCGCCGAUCUACGUGACCCGGCGGCGGCUCCCGAACGGCAGCGAGGACAUCUACGUCAACAACGCCCGGAUCAUCCGGAGUCGGUCCAACGUGCAGCUGGCGAACCAGGCCGGCAAGAAGCAGGUGCUGCACAUAAUUGAUGACGUAUUAACACCGCUGACAGUCAAUCCAUCAACCUCGUUCGAGCUGUACAACCCGGACGCCUUCCAGUUCAUCCAGCACGCCGAGAACCUGGACAUCAAUCAGCAUCGCAUUCGCUCCUUCCGUCAGAAGAUCGUGAUGACGCGCAAGGAGGACAUCUACAAGGCCGUCGGAGGUCACACCUUCCUGAUUCCGGUUGAGGAAGGUUUUAAGCCCCCACCGCGUCCGGACAUGAUCGACCGCAAGGUCAUCGACGGGCACGUCAUCCCGAACAAUGUGAUCUUCACGGCGCCGGCCCCGCUGGACGACCCGCUCGAGACGCUGGCGUUCGAGGAUAACCUGAAGGUCACCGUUACCUUUUUCAAGCAGGGCGAGGGCAAGAACGCGAAAGUUUACGUUCGCUCGAACACGGUGAUCGGUGACUCGCGCCACGCGUCCGGCGCCGUCCUGGCCGAGAUCGUCAAGGCCAACAUCCCGGUGCGCAACGGAGUGGUUCACCUCAUCCACCGGCCCCUGAUGGUCGUCGACACCACCGUACUGCAGUUCCUCGAGCAUUUUAAAAACCACGAUUUCUACAAACACGACCAAGACGCCAUAGAGGAUGGCGAACAGUCUGUCCCAUCUCACGCCCAGCCACGGAAGGAAAAAGAGGACGGCCCACUGUACAAGUUCUACGAGCUGAUUGCCGACUACGCGCCGGACUUUUUCAAAACGAUGGCCAACCUGCAGCAGAUGACGCUGUUUGCACCCAGCAACGAAGCCCUCAGCCAUCCGAUUGUGGGAAAUUUCAUCAGUAAUUUAACCCAAAACAUAACUAGAGACGUCGACGGGAAUGUUGACCACUCUUCCCCCUCCUCAGCGUGGAAUCGCGAUAAGCUCCGAGAAAUUCUGAACCUGCACCUGGUCCGGGACAGUGUCACCACCGACAAAAUCCGCAAGAACAACCAAAAUCAGAUCUACCAAAUCCCGACCGGGGCCGACAAGAAGUUCCUGUACUUUAACGUGAUCACGAACCGGUACGACCACAACCAGACCAUCACGGUGGAGGGCGGUGGCGUGAACGCCACGAUUAUCCUGAGCGACAUUGCCGCCACCAACGGCUAUCUGCACAUCAUCGACCGGGUGCUGGGCAUUCCGUACAUGACCGUCCAGGAGAAGAUCGAAACCGAUCCGAUGCUAAACUUAACGUACCAGUUUGGCCGGCUGAACCAGUUCAACGAGCAGCUGAACAAAACCACCAAACGCUUCACGUACUUCAUCCCGCGGGACAAGGCCUGGCUGCAGUGGUUCCAGGAGCACCAGGGCGCCAACCUCAACAGCUUCCUCACCGACAUCUACCAGACAAGAUCCGUGCUGGAGCGCCAUCUGGUGGUGGCGGACCGGGUGUUUACCAUGGCGGACCUGAAAAGCAUGUCCAACGAUUCGCUCAUCCUGCCGACGGUCGGGCCGCACAACCUGCAGAUCCGGGUCCGGGAGGAGGACCGAAACGAAGAUGAUUACACGACGGGGACGUUACAAUCUGGAUUCCAAAUCCAGUGGCGCGACAGCCCGAAGCCGAAGGAGUGGGUGAACGUGUUCCGGCCGGACGUGGAGUGCACCAACGGCAUCAUCCACGUGAUCGACCUGCCGCUGGUGCGGGACAACGACAUCAGCACCAGCGGGACGGCCAGUUGGAGCAGCAGUAAAGGGGGCGCCUUGCUGAUGGCGGCCGUGACGUUAGUGACUAUGGUCACGCUGAGAGGUCACUAAGGUGUGGGAGGUUUGGACGAGCGAUUUCCGUGAAAAAAAGAAGGAGAGAAUAAUCACAUAGAUAGGAGCUUCACCUUAAUUUGAAAAAAAUAAUUUGAGAAUUUUGUGUGAGACUUUUUCUAAACAAAACUCAGAAAACAAGACACGAAAAAAACGCUCUUUUCCUAUCUAAUAAAAUUCAUCAUCGCCCCAGCGUCGAGCAAAGUGAAAAGAAAAUCGCGCGCUCGUUCUAGUUUUCACAAGAUUAUUUUUGCAGCAUUUCUCUCUCGGCGCAGCCACUAGAUUAAGUGGACUUUUCUUUGCCUCAGUCCAGCGAGAAAAGACGAGCUCUUAAAAUUUUCGUAAUAAUUAAAAAAAACCCCUUUCUCCGUCUGUGGCUGCAACCAUUUUUCCACUUUGCUGCACCAGUUUUUCAGCAGUCAUCGUCUGGCUCUGGCUCUUUUUCCGAGCUGAAGAUAAAGGCAAAAAUAUAUCUCCAUUCAAGCAGUGCUGGCCUCAUUUUUUGGCCGCCCGGAACGAAUGGAGGACGAAAGUUUUGAUAAAGAUGUUGUUUUUUGAGCGCCGAAUUUCGUUCAACGACUUUUAAUUGAAUUUUAUUAUUUUAAAUCUCCGACCGUAGAGAAAAGUAGGCGGAUUUUACGCUUUAAAAAUACAUCACAUCAAAAAACACUGAGGAACAGAAGACAGAACACGAUACUGCCGUUACACACAUAUGUAUUUCACAAAAUCAGAGAAAGAAACAUAACAUUUUACACGAGAAAUAUUUUUUGCAUCACAAAAUGAGCUUCUACUUUCGGUUUCGAACAAAAAGAUUCACAAAAAUCCGUUCUUACACAACAGCAAAAAAAUAUCCCUGCACUCAAAAUAGUUUUCACCACAAUGUUGCAUGAAGAUAUACGUGAUUUUUUUCCAUUUGGCAUUUCAUGCAAUAGUGACAUGAACGUCAUGUGGGAACUGAAUCUCAGUGCACAGACCCUCGAUGGCUGUUCACUACCGCAUCACGCAAUGUUUGCAUGAAUUUCUAGUGAAAUUAGCAUGACUCUCCAUGCAAUAUUCACAUGACCUGAAUGUCAAAUUCACCUGAUUCUUAAUUGGCAUUUUAGUGGGUUAUUUCAUUAUUUUUUUUCAGAUAAAAAAAUAAUCAUACAUAAGUCAUUAGUUCUUUAAACUUUUUAUUGUCAAAAGAUUUGAUUUUCCGAUCUUUAAACCACAAUCUUAAUCACAUUUCAUAAAACACUAUUAAUCACAAUUCACUAGCAAUUUAGCUGCUUCCCGGGUGAAGGGUUGAAGUUGGGUGGAUUUCUUGUAUUUUUGUUGAAUUUGAUUCACGUAUCCGGAUUUUCGGUAACGGUGUGCGGGCCGGUAUGCUGGAGCACUUUAGCAGCCUUAAUUUUCUGUCGGUUCCCUCUAGCGCCUUUCUCAGCUUACUUGUCUCCAUUUUGCGACCUUUGGUGGCCUGGUUUUGCUGGGCCUUGCGCUCCUCCGGAUUUAUGUUUCUCUCGGCUUUUCGGAGGUCGACGACGAUUGUGCGCUGGAAAAUUUGCUUCACGAGGAUCUAGAAAAAAACAAUUGCAAUUUGAUUUUUUUUAAAUACAACAUGAUUACAAAAAUACUUACCAUCGAACUAGAAAUCUGGCUGAAAGAGCGCGACGAGGAAUGUCAGAAAGUGACCAGCUGAAUCGACAAAAAAAAUUAAACGAUGUUCACUUCAAGAGAAUCAGCAGCAGACUGACCGUCCUCAGACUGCUCGCCCGGUUUGAAAUUUGCAGACAGGAAUUUCAUGCAACCUCUUCAAACAUUGUUGCAGACACACAAAACAUUUCACCACAAUGUAGCAUGAAAAGGUAAGUGGAUUUUUUCCAUACCAGUUACCCUGUGGAUUUGACUAGAUUUUCAUGCAGACCUAAACACAGCUGACUGUAAGCCACGCCUCCAAUUUUUCAGGCAUGAAUUUCACGUAACGUUCAAUUGUGUGAGUGCAGGCUAUGUGAGAAUCAAGUUGGGAUGACGUGAAUUCACUGUGACAGUUGCAUGACUCCUGUAAAACGUUGUUCUGAACCAAAAAUGGGCUGCCACUGGAAUUUUCAUGCAACUAUGUGGUGAAAGGUUUUUUGAGUGUGAAAUUGGCAGCACUGCCAAAACGCAAACUGUCAAAUCGGCAAGGUUAUUAAAUUAAAGGUGGGACUUUAAUUAGAACAACUUUUUUCAAAGUUGCUUUCUGCUCUGUAAAUAAACGGCAAAAUGGGAGGCGAAGAGCGUGUAGUUAAAUAAAGAAAAAUCGUCGUUUCAUAAAUAUUUGUCAAACCAAGCUAAAGAAAGGUGGGAAUUUUAAAUAAAUGCGUGACUCCAACUUUGCGUUUGACAGCUUGUGUCCUUCAAAAUUUUGUUUGCAAACUUGUCAGUUUUGACAGUUUCCGUGUUGUUUGAAAAAGUAUGUCGGAAACUAUUUCUGAAAUUUUGCCGUAGUGGAAUACCACCUUCAGCAUACGCUCAUCCUAAACUACUCAUUUCUUAGUUAUUUACCAACAAAUUAUUUGUCAAAACAUAGUUUAUUUUCGUUGCUAAUUCAGCUAAAACUUAACGAAACUGAAUGAAAACAACUCAAAAAUGAGCUAUUUCGGAUGAGCGUGCAGACAAAUGAAUCAGGGUAAACAGAAAUGAAGGUAAGUCACUGUCAAAUACAGAGUUGUCAUCAAACGCAAAAAAAGAAGGUGAAACCUGUUGACGCCAAAUUCGCAAACGACAGCUGAAUCACGCCAGACUAGAGGUAUUGUUGUUUUAAUCGUGAAAAUAAAAUGCUUUUAUACACCGAUUUCGAAAAAAUGAUUUCAAAUGCACGUCAGUUUCCUGCGCCAGCGCUGUCAAAAAAAAGUUUGAUAUUAGAAUCAAAAUGUUUUCGCAAAAGUAAGAAAUUGUUUCGACCUAACCUCAAUCAGUUGGUGUGCCUUAUUCGAAAAAAAAAGUUGUAAUAAAUUAGAUGAAAUUGACACGUCGUUACGGAAAUUUUCCCCAUUCCCGCCACCCUACAAAAGGCCUUUUCAUUGUUUUGUAGACACAGCUGUCAUGAGAGAAA